GCGGCGUGACGAAAGGGAACGCAAUGAAAGGGGGCGUGCCUAGAGGGGCCCAAGGAGAGCGAACUUAAGUAAGGGGGGGCUGCCUGGAGACGGCCCAACUAAGCCGGGUGAGGUGAGGCGGAGGACGGGGCACACGGUUGCUGACAGGGCGCUGCCUUAGUGGUUCAGCUCCCGCUCAGGGAACGUCCCGUCAUGUCGCGCCUUUACCUUUGGUCCCCACUGCUCCUCCUCUCGUGGCCACCGUUGUGGCUUCUGGUCCAGGUAGCUCAGGCGUCGGGGGACUGGGCCCUGGACCAUGUCGCCCUGACCUCCGACCCCCCAGGGCUGACCUCUGAACGCUCACUGGACUCGCCCCAUGUGCUUGCACCCUCGGCAGAGCCGGGGGGCUUGGCUUACUCGACGGCCUCCUCUCCAGCCCAGAUGUUCGCCCCGCCCAGUCAGGAGGUAACGGAGACUUUCGUUCCAGACCCGGACUUGGAUUCAGUUGAUUUUGUAGAGGAUCCAGAUCCACCUACUGAGCCCCCUGAGGAGGUGGAAUCCUCACUCCAGGAAGAGGCCCCUGCUCAGCAUCCACAGCCCACAGAAGAGGUAGUAUCACCUCCACUUGAGCAGGAGGCUCUGUUUCAGCCUCCAGAGGCCCCUGAGGAAAUGGAAACUUCAAGCCUUCAGGAGGCCCUCCUAGCUCAAGCUUCGGAGAUACUUAAGGAGGCUGGAGGGCAGCCAUCAGCACAUCAUAGGGUAAAUGAAGCUCAGCAGUCAGGCAGGCACAGUGUCACUGUGACACCUCUGGAUCUGGCCCUUACCGUAACUCCAGAGGUCACUAAAAAGGUUGAACCUUCUCCAGUCCAGCAGGAUGGCUUAUUGCAGGCCCCAGAGAGCCCUGAGGAGUCUGAAACUCCUCCAGUCCUGGAGGAGGCCCCACCUCAGCCUCCAGAGCGCCCCGAAGAGGUUGACUUUUCACUCCAGCAGGAGACCCAAGCUCAGCCUCCAGAGCGCCCUGAGGAGGUGGAACCUUCCCCAGUCCAGCUAGGGUCCCCAGCUCACGCCCCAGGGUUCCCUACCCAGGAUGUACUUCAGAGGCCAGAGAGCGGUGAGCUAGAAGCUCCGCAUCAUCAGCCGCAUCCCCUUCAUUUGCACUUGCCCAAUGGACACCUCAGCCUCUGGAUUUGGGACUUACCAUCACUCCAGGGCCUACUAAGGAAGCUGAGUCAACUACAGCCCAGCAGGAGGCCCUGCCUCAGCCUGUUGAGCACCCUGAGGAGACGGAAUCUUCUCCAACCCAGCAGGAGACCUCAGAGAAGCCUCCAGAGCCUCCUGGGGAGGAGCAACCAGCUCAGCCUCCAGAGCCGCCUUCUGGGGAGGCGGAGCCUUUGCCAGCUCAACAGGAACAGCCAGCUCAACCUCCAGAGCAUCAUGAAGUGA